AUGGGCAUCUGGCCGAUACCCACACUGGAUGAGCUGUCAAGGCAGGUUCUGCUGAGAAAUGAGGCCUUGGCCAUCUCUGCUCUCGAGAAGCUGCCCGUCAUCCUCUUCCCAGCACUGUUUGAGGAGGCUUUCAGUAACCAAUGCACUGGUAUCGUGAAGGCAAUGGUGGUAGCCUGGCCUUUCCCCUACCUCCGUGUGAGGGGCAUGAUGAACACCUUCGACUCAGAGAUUUUUCAUGCUGUGCUGGAAGGCCUGGAUGUCCUGCUGACUCAGCGGGUUUGCCCCACGAGGGGGGAACUUCGAGUACUCGAUUUUCAGAGGUUGCCCUGUGAGUUCAGGACCCUCCAGGCUGGAACAGAGGAUGGAAUCUGCUCAGCAGGGAAGCCCCCUCCUACACAGGAGCUGAGGCCACGAAUCAAGGUGAGAGUUGACCUCUACUUCAGUUCCCGAAUGGAGAAAGCAGAAAUGUACCUCCUACAGUGGGCCCAGCAGAGAAAAGACUCGCUCCAGCUCUGCUGUAAGGACGUGAAGAUUGUGAUGCAGUCCCUAGAGAAUGCUAGGACAUUUCUGAGUGUUUUCGAGCUAGAAUACAUCAAGGUGUUGGAGCUCACUGUAGAUUGGAGCUGGUGCACUCUGGCACAAUUUUCUACCUACCUCCCGGAGAUGAGAAACCUUCACACGGUUUAUCUAGCGCAUAUCCAUUGGAACAUGAGGUGGCAACUUGGAGUAUUCCAUUUUCAGAAUGAGCACCAGGAGUUACGGAAUGUAUGGGCUCCAAUAGAGGACGAUGGCUGCUCAACAAAAACAAAGAGUAAGAAGCAAGUAGAGAAGCCUGAUCCGGAACCUGAAAAGGAGACAAACGGAUGGUGGUAA